AUGGCUAAUUGCUUUUCAACAAAAGAGUAUGAGAAGGGAUAUAUUGUUACUUACAAUGUUAUAGAAGAGAUUGAGAAUGGUGAUAAGAUAUUUGAUUUUAUGUAUGAGGUGUUGUUUGAUUCUUCAAUUUCAGAAGUUUCCUGCCAAUGUCAUCUUUUUGUGUCAAAGGGAAUCUUAUACCUCCAUACCAUUUCAGUCUUUGGUCUUGAAAGAGUGAAGAAAUUGCUAAAUAAGUACAUUUUUUAUCGGUGGAAGAAAACUUUAAAGCGCAAGCAUAGUAGCAUUAAGUGUAGCCAUGAUCCAAGUCGUUUAGAGCCCGUAAAGAAACAUUAUGAUGAGAUGUGCAAGAAAUUUUACAAUAUUGCUAAAGUAGCCGCUGUAUUCGAAGAGCUCACCGAAAUCGUACAUCGUAUACUAGACUCAGUUUGGGUUAUGUUGGUGGAACCAAAUGCCUCUUCAAUGGAUAAUGUAGAUCAUCAAAAUUCGAAUGAGGUAGAUAAAAAUGUAAAUGAUUUAGAGAUUCACAACCCUCAACAAAUAUCACAAAAAGCUCGUAGGCGUAAGAAAAGGCUUCAAUCUACUAUAGAAAAAUUUUUUAAAUAA